AGGAUGUUCAGGUGGGAUGAUGUUUUUGUCCCAGAUCAGGACAUCACAAUCUGAUCUGAUUAUUCUGAUGAGUAUGUAUCCUACUACUUUGAAGGGGUAAGGGUAGAUGUACUGUAAUAUCCUAUCUGCCAAUCAGGGCUGUGUAUGUAAAUAAUUUUUACAUGUAUAUCAACAGGGGCCAACAUGACCAGACUGAGCAUUUCAAUGGCAAAAGGAGGAUCAGGGAAAUAAGAUAUUAAACAUAUAAUGACAUUAUUUUCAUGAAAUAAACACACACAUUGAUUUAUUAGACAUACGGUGAUUACUUAAAAAUACAAUUCAAAAUACAGAGAAAAAUAUAUUUAACAAAAUAAAGAAAAGACUGGGGGCUUAAGUAGCUGGUAAACGAGUGGAACAUCUUCAUGUAUCUAUCAUCUUUGGCUUUAAUUUAGCUGCAGCCACGCCAGCGCACGUGGGGAUGAAUUUAGCGCGCUUGGUGACAUGCCUCGCGCCCGCUGCCAGAUCACAGUGAGAGACGCGCUUAAAAUCAACUACACACACAGCAUCAAAAAGCCGAGUAAACGUUAAAGUCAUUUGAGAUAGACCACCGGUAAAUUGCUAACUAACAGACAUGCCAUAACUGAGGCGCACAUUCUAUAUGUCAGUAAACGGAAAGGGCUAGGCCUACUAUAUAAGUGAAAAUCAAAGUAGCUUACGUUAGCAAACUAACAGUAGCCAAAUUAUGACAAAGUUAUGACAAAUUUCAGGCCAAAGUAGUCUGCAUGUCUUUGUGUAGCCUAGAGAGUAUAUUGCGGUGCCUGGUGAUGUCAAAGGAAGAGCCCUGUCUGGGCUCCCUAAUAUGAAUGGAGAAGAGGAGGAGGAGGAAGAAUCACAUGAGGUGUUGCUGAGUGUGUUUGCCCAGCAUGGGCAGUUGGGGUUGUGUUUCUAUGAUAGCAGAGACUUCACUCUGCACUACAUGCCUGACACCGCAGACAACCACGAGCUCCAACUGUUGGCCAGAGUGGUCCAGGAGGUGAGCCCUCAUGUGAUCAUUACCAGUGCUAAGCAGGAACGCUGCAUGGUCCAGUUCAUGCAGGGACUGGGAGCCAACCCAGACUACAGGCCUGAGGUGGUGACCUAUCCCUAUGUGGACUUUGGUCUGAAGGUCAGUAAGCAGAGGCUGUUGUCUGCCCAUUUUCCCUUCCUUCCUCCCGCCGUCUCAGAGAGCGAGAGAAUCCCCUACCUCUCCUCCUGCAUCUCCUUCGACUCCCCCCUCAUGCUGCGGUCAGUAGGUGCGUUGCUGAAAUGUCUGGACAGGAGGAGAGUGGGAGUGGAGCUAGAGGACAGCAGUGUGGGAGUCCCCAUCUUACAGUUCCACGCCUACACACUGAAAGAUGUAGUGUACGUGGACCAGGAUACUUACAGGUCAGUCCCCCUGGAGACAAACACAAACAAACACACACACACACACACUCUCGGCCAUGUUUGUUGUGUGUGUUCCAGCGUACUGCAGAUCUUCAAGUCAGAGCUGCACCCCUCUGUGUACAAGCUGCAGUCUGGGGAAAAGGAAGGGCUCAGUCUCUAUGGGAUACUGAAUCACUGCAGGUGCAAGUUUGGCUCCAAACUGCUUCGCCAGUGGUUUCUGAGGCCUACUCGUGACCUGGCUGUGUUAAACAGGAGACAGGAAGUUGUGAGAUUAUUCUCCUGUCCACGCAACUCUGACUCCCUAAACACUUUGCAGUCCUGCCUACGCAACAUCAGGAACAUCCCGACUCUCCUGCGUUCGAUGUCUCUGUCUCACACCAAAGUCUCUGACUGGCAGGGUCUCUACAAGAUGUCUACAGUGUAUAGUGCGGUGUGUAUCAGGGACACAGUGCGCUCCCUGCCUCAGUCCAUCCAACUCUUCCAGGAGAUCAGUGAGGGAUUCUCAGAUGACCUUUACUACAUCGCCUCGCUCAUCAGCAGAGUGGUGGACUUUGAGGGCAGUUUAGCAGAAAACCAUUUCACUGUCAAACCCAAUGUGGACCCUGCUAUAGACGAGAAGAAGAAGAGGAUGAUGGGACUGUCUGACUUCCUGACAGACGUGGCUCGCAGAGAGCUGGAGCACCUGGACACCCGCAUCCCCUCCUGCUGCGUCAUCUACAUCCCCCUGAUAGGGUUCCUGCUCUCGGUCCCUCGGUUGACCAGCAUGGUGGAGAAAGAGGACUUUGAGAUAGAGGUCCUUGACUUCAUGUUUCUGUCUGAAGAGCGUCUGCACUACCGCAGUCAGAGAAUCAAGGAGCUAGAUGACCUGCUGGGAGACUUACACUGUGACACCAAAGGUCAGGCUUUGUGUUCUCCUAUGUUUAUGUCUAACUCCUUCCUGAGUUCUGAGACUCGGGGACGGGUCAAGAUCAUCACCGGACCCAACUCAUCUGGCAAGAGCAUCUACCUCAAACAGGUGGGUCUGAUUGUGUUCAUGGCUCUGAUUGGUUCUGACGUGCCAGCGAAGGAGGCAGAAAUUGAUCUGGUUGACGGAAUCUUCACACGCAUGAAGAGCAGAGAAUCUGUGUCUGUAGGACUCAGCACCUUCAUGAUAGACCUCAACCAGAUGGCUCAUGCUCUGAACCACAGCAGCGGUCACUCACUGGUCCUGAUUGAUGAGUUUGGGAAAGGAACUAACACGGUGGAUGGGCUUUCCCUUCUGGCGGCAUCGAUCUCUCAUUGGCUGAAAAGAGUUCCAUCCGAGGUUCCUCACAUUCUAUUGGCCACUAACUUCCACAGUCUGCUACAGCUGGGUCUCCUACCUUCCUCAGGCCUGCUGUCACUACUGACUCUGGAGACAGCGGUGGAUGGGGAUGAAUUGGUGUUUCUGUACCAGCUGAAGGAUGGGAUCAGUCGCUUCAGCUAUGCAGCCAACAUCGCUACACUGGCAGGCCUUCCCCCCAGCCUCGUACAGAGAGGAGUGGAGGUAUCUGAACUGUACAGAACAGGAAUGACCAUUAAACACAUCGACCGACCAUCUACAGAGGAGCAUGCAAACAAGUGUGUUUGUGUGGUGAAUAAGUUUCUGUGUGUGGACCUUGAGGACCAGAGUGUGGAUCUGCAGUGCUACAUGGAGGAGCUGCUUCCCUCUGGAGGAGACCUGCUCUAACAGCAACGCUCCUGUUGUCUGUCUA